AUGCCCUCGUUCAUCGUCUUACGGCGGACUAAAAUGGAAGCUGAACAAACUAUGCAUGAAUCUCCAGUGCUGAUGACUCCUCCUUCGUCAAAUGCACGCCGCGGACCACUCUCCAGCAAAGACGACAAUGCAUGUCAGCCUCCUCAUAUUUCGGCCGACGUCUCAGCCCGACUAUCGUCGCCGCCUCAGGACACAGCGAGACAUCUUUAUGAAUUCAACCAUUUCGCAAAACUACCCGCAGAAAUCCGAAGUGAGAUUUGGAACCUGGCGUUCUCUCCAUCUUCUCCUCGAAUUUACAUUCCGUACGCGCGCCGAAUAGAAGGAAGUGGGAGGCAGUACCCUCACUAUCAACACGACGUGCCAGGACUUAUGUUCGUGUGCAAAGAAGUCCGGGAAAACAUCAUCAGAAAUCGAAAACUUUCUCUCAUCUCGGGCAGAUAUGACGUCUGUACCUGUGAAUAUGUCGACCGCAUAUAUGGCUGGGUUGAUCCAAAACGCGACUCACUCUAUAUUGAUCUCCACUGGGAUAUCCAAGAUCAUUUUGAUGAUAUCGAGAACGUCUUUGAAACUGUAAUUCUCUGUCCAAAGCACAUUGGGAAUGCGAUGCAUCUGGAGGAACUGUCUUGUUGGUCUACAUCACUAUCUCGUUUUUAUUCCUCGGAAUCACGCCCAUCGUGUUCGUCGAGGGUCGAAGAACUACAACUCGUGUGCCGAUCAUACAGCCUCCCAAUCUCUAGGUUCUCGGUUGGAACCCAGAAUGAUUUUUUAAUCUUUGAUCUUGACAAGGAGAAUGAUGUAAACCGGUUUCUAGCGUUACGGAGCCGUCUUCCAAAGUGCGACAUUCCCUGGAACGAUAUCGAAGAUGAUUUGCGUCGAGAAAGAAACCUUGAUUGGCAACUUGGAGUACUCAAUGAUUGGCGUGCAGGGGUAAAGCGUUUCGAGGGCCGAUAUCAUAUACGACUUGGUGACACCGACAGCGAAGAGAUGCGACAUCAUCCCUUGCCAAAGGAUGUGCAAGUAGACGUUUUGGAUGUUUUUAAUGAUACUUGGGCUGAUCCCGAUGGCAUUUCGGAUGUUUUCCAUGGCUAUUUUUGGUUCAUGCUGCCGUGGGCGGAUUAUGCAACUUUGGUCAGCCAACUUUGGGCCUCCUCCAUCGGUGUAGAAACAUUUCCCGAGGUACGACGGGUUGUACAAUUUCAUCUAGAAGGAUAAGACACGCAAUUGACAGCUUCAUAACUGAAAUGACGUAUAUAGUCUUGGAUGAGUUUCG